CACAAUCAAACAGUCCGCGCAGGCGCACUGGCUCCUCUGUGCGCUCUACUGUUUGCAUUGUGUCUGAACUGCCGGCGAGCUUUAAAAAUAUUAUACCACCGCGGCAAUGUCGGGCAGGUCGGUCCGAGCUGAGACCCGGAGCAGGGCGAAAGAUGACAUCAAGAGGGUCAUGGCCGCUAUUGAGAAAGUACGAAAAUGGGAGAAGAAAUGGGUGACUGUUGGAGACACGUCCCUUCGCAUCUACAAGUGGGUUCCGGUGACGGAGCCCAAAUCAGAUGACAAAAACAAGAAUAAGAAGAAGGGCAAAGAUGAGAAAUACGGCUCAGAGGUGACGACUCCAGAGAACAGCUCCUCUCCGGGGAUGAUGGACAUGCAUGAUGACAACAGCAACCAGAGUUCCAUCGCCGACUCAUCCCCGGUGAAACAGGAAAACAGUUGUAGCACCAGCCCCGCCCCGGAGCCCACCACCGCAUCGCACCGCGACAGCAGUGAGACCAAGACUGACCAGAGCCCGGACAGCAAGAGGGGUAAGACCAUCCCUUCAUCAGAGACCUCAGAGAGAGCACAAAGUGCCAAGAGAGAAAGUCUGUCCUCAGGGGAGAAGGACUCUUCAGACAGCAAAGCCACUCAGGACCUGGAGGAGGAGGCCCCGCCCAGCAAGAAAAGCAAACUGGAGUCCUCGUCUCAGGACUUUGAGGAGAGUUAAAUGUUUGGGGCUGAGUGAUUCUCUCCUUCCCUCACCCGUCCCCUCUCUCUGUACCUCCCCCAUUAACUCUAGAUGAUUUAGGGCUAAUGGACACACCGGCUCUCCUCUCACUCCUCUUUUUUUCCCCCCUCUCCCCUACUCUACCCAAACUCUUCAAUACCAAAGGGAGAAUGGACAUCUCCCUGCCUCCCUCCCUCCCCCUCUAACACUCCCCUGCCACAGAGGGAGAAUGGAUAUUACCUCUGGUCCCCUCCGUGCUUCCUUCCAGUCCUCCACACUCUUCACUAAUGCCAAGAGAAAGUGUCGACCCCCUGGCUGCAACCCCCUCUGCGACCAGGGGCGGCGCUGUCAGCCCAGCCACCGCCAGGCCAGACGACAAACACUGACCUGCAUCUGUGACUAAAAGAGUAAACACUGGGGAUCUGAGACGAGGACGAGGUCGGCCGCAGACGCUGCUCUGAGACCGCUUUCUAAUCACUGCUAACGGUUUAGCUCAGGAGGCUAACCCGGUCUCAGAUCAGCGGCCGCGGGAGGGGAAACCUCCACCCCAUGACCACGUCGCUUCAAUCCUCCCGAUUCGCCUCCUGUUAGACUAAUGUUCUAUAUUUGUUUAGGAAACGUUUAGGGUUUUUUUCUCAGGAGGGUCAAUGCACUGUUAUGGUAUGUCACAAUCGAUCACAGAUAGAUUUGCUGCUGUAGUGGAUGUCUUUUUUCUCCAUUCACGUGUUUUUUAAAGUGAAUUAGUUUGUGGUUCGUAGAGGAAGAAGACGACGGUACUGAACGAGAUAAACUCUUGGAUAAGUAGUGAAGGCCGGUAGCGUAGGUCCUGGAGGUGUGCCUUGAGUUGCUACGAUUUUAAAUACACGUUUUAGGUCAAGCAGGUUUUGAAUUACAAUUUUGGUGCCAUGUUUUAUUUGUUUUUUUUGUUUUGUUUUGGGGGUUUUUUUUGCCUUAUAAUUGUCACUAAUUAGUUAUAUCCAAUAUUUAUACUCAAUCACAACAGUUUGGUUAAAGGAAUAGUUAAACAUUUUGGGAAACAUUUGCUUUCUUGCAGAGAGCAGACGGAGGUUUGCUGCAGCCAGGAGAUGGUUAGCUUAGCUUAGCUUAGCUUAGCAUAACGGCUGGAAACAAAGGGAAACAGUCAAGAGAUAAAAUCCACCUUUUAACUGGAGCAAAGUGGAAAUCAGCAAAUGACAAAGGCUGCAAUGGAGGACUUAAGAAGUGUGGUUAUUAAAUAAUGAAACUGUAGUUUAAUUUGAUACCAUUUGAGCAGAUUGAAACAUUGUUGGUUGUUUAUUCUGAUCAAAGAUGAAUGUUUGAGAAGUGACAAACCCAACCGUCAUUAGCAUUAAUAGCUUUAUUUGCGUUAUUUGGAUGAAUCUGUUCAAUGUGUUCCUGAUUGACUGUUUGGUCUGUAAAAUGAGAAACAAAAUGAAAAAAAUAUUCAAUAUUAGGAUCUGGAUUUGGAGGAAAAAAAAAAUUCCUCCAUUUGAUGAACCGAAUCCCUAAAUUGUUUGAGAUUAAUUCAAUAGUUGACGACUAAUCCAUUCAUCGGUUAAUUGUUGCAGCUCUAAAGCACAGUGUCAUUAUUUCACAGCCACACCUCCUACGUUUUAUAGCGGGGUUUAAAAUGGGACAGUGGGUUCAUAAACUCAUGCUGGUCUACUUGUGUGACAGCUGCACCUCUGAUGGCGUCUCGUAGAAAUCUUCUCCAUCACAGGAUGUUUGUUACAGUGAUACUUUCAAAUUAUUUGUAUCGCAAAAAUAUUUUCCCCAAAUCAUUCAGCUUUACUUCUAAAACUUCCAAAGUCUCUGAGGCCAAACAGCAUCUCUUCUCAUCUGCUGCUGCUGCUUCCAGAACAUGGAUCUGUACAAACAGGAUUUCAUAUUUGGGGUUUGUCUCUGUGUUCCGCACUAGAACUGAACAAUUUGAGGAAAAUAUCUUAAAUUAGAUUUUUCUGAGAGAUACUGUGAUGAGAGUUUUGCUCUAAUUGUUUUAGCUGCAGUUCAGUAUUGACUGUGUGAUAGACGAUGAUGUGAUGGAGGGUUUUCACACCAUCAGAAGUGUGACUGUCGCAUGAGGAUGGAUCUGUAACGCCACAGCCACAGUUCAAACUCUGUGUUGCACAACAUAUAUCCUAAAUUGCAACCUCUGUAAUUUUCUGAUUACAUCGAUUCAGAUUUUGAUUGGUUCAGCCCGACUCCACAAAGCAAACUGUGGCGUUGUUUACACGUUACAUUUCUGAAGUUUUCCUCCAGAAAGUCGCUGCUUCUGUCUCAGAAACAGUCUGGCACAUAACUCUCUGUGAAACCACAACGGAUCUUGUUUUACACUUUGUUUUUGUAUGAAUGAAAUGAAAUUCAGCACGUUAAUUGGUGAGCUUUAGGGGUGCUGCUAGGUGCAGCUCAGUGCAUCUCACUGUUGUGUGCCAGGUUACUUCUGGGCACAUGACCUCACCUGGAGGGAAACUAGCCAACAAGCCACUGAGUGUUAGAGGUUUGAUAAAGUGGAGGUUUUUUUUUUUUUUUUUGCAGUAGAACUGCAACAAAUAAUUGCUUUGACUGUCGAUUUAUUAUUGUCAGUUAUUUUCUUGAUUUCUAAUUUGGUCCACAAAAAGUGAGACAAAUUCUGAAAAAUGUUGAUCAGUGUUUCCCAAAGUCCAGGAUUGUCCACAACCCCAAAAUACCCAUUUACUGUCAAAAAGGAGGGGGAAAAAACAGAAAAUAACACAUUGAAGAACCUAUAAUCAGACAGUAUAGACUUUUUUUUUUAUCAUAGUGGCUGACAACUUGUUGAAUGACUUGUUGCUGAGCAAACCAUCUCUUAGUGCUGCAGUGGCUUCAGUCUACUCACACAGCUCUCAGUAAGGAAGCAAAUGAGCGCAUUUUUUCCUUUAAAAGUGGAAUUUGAACACUACUCAGAAGUUAAUUUGACCAUCUGCACACCUCAUUAGUCCGAUCUCCUGGUUGUUGAUCUGCGUCGUCUUCAGGUGGUUUUUGUGCGCCUGAAGUCGGAGCAGAGCAGUUUCUGGUUUUCCCGUCACAUUUCUCCUCUGUCAGUGUUCUGUGUAUCACUACUUAUCUUCGACCUGCAGGUGUUUGUGUAGCUCCCCACAGAAGGGUCCAGUCUUUUAGCUCAAACAUUGGUUUUGAUCCUCCUUCAAGGUGCUGUCUGUCGGCUGAAUCCAUACCUGCGUGGCAUCCAGCUCUCGGUUUUGUGCAGAUUUGUGCAAAUUUACUUGAACUUUCUCGUACGGAUUCAGACCUAUGACCUCUAAUGUGCAAACCUCACACGUGUCACAUUUAUGAGUCAAUAUUGUGAGUAUGGAUUGAGAUGAAUUGAAUCACUGCAAACCAAUGACUUCAUAACAUAACAGGGGCUACAGAUGACUGAUUUCAACAAAUCAGCAUUCACAUGGAUGGAGAGAAAAGAAACUAAAAAUGAUAAUUGUCUCAGUUUAGAGGAUGGAUUAGCAUAUACCUCAUUCCCAGUCCAGCAGCGCUGGAACUUAAAAUGCUAUUGUAUUGACAUUAACAGUUAUAAACAGCAUUAUGUACACUCAGUUUAAGAAAAAAGUCUCACUUAUGUUGUAGCUUUCACCUGAUCGAGCCAAUUGCUUAUAGUUUGCUCAUAACUGUGUUUUAAAAAAAGCAACAAAAAAAGACGAGCUGUGAGAUAUAAAAUCUUGUAUGUUGUUUUCUUUUUUUGUUUUUGUUUUCUUUUCUUGGGACCAUUUUGUUUUUUCUUUUGAACUUGUACAGAUUUAUGGUUUGGUUUGACUUAUUUAUUCCAUCAGUAGUGCUUGGUUUUUAUCAUGUCCAAUGGUUUUGUUUUCUUAAUAAAAGUCACAAAACAAA